GGCAGCAGUUGCAGGAGCCCUACCUUGCUCUGUUCCUGGUGGAUGCCGUAGAUGGGAUCCCGCCGUACAGACUCCGAAAGCAGCAUCGCAGAGAGAUGCAAGAAAGUGCCAAAGCAAAUGGACGUGUGCCACUACCUCACAUUCCUCGUACAUACCGAAUGCCAAAGGAUAUCCACGUUGAACCAGAGAAGUUUGCUGCAGAACUGAUCAAUCGUUUGGAGGAAGUACAGAAGGAACGUGAAGCAGAGGAGAAAUUAGAGGAGCGCCUUAAACGUGUUCGAGCGGAAGAAGAAGGUGAGGAUGCAGAUAUCUCUUCUGGUCCCUCCAUCAUUAGCCACAAGAUGCCUUCCGCCCAAGCCUUUCAUCACUUUGCUCCCCGUUACGCUGAGAUGGGCUGUGCUGGGAUGCAGGUGAGAGAUGCCCAUGAAGAAAACCCCGAAAGCAUCCUUGAUGAACAUGUCCAGCGUGUGAUGAAAACACCAGGCUGCCAGUCUCCAGGGCCUGGCCGUCACUCUCCCAAGCCACGGUCCCCAGAAAGCGGCCACUUAGGAAAGCUGUCAGGGACACUAGGAACAAUUCCUCCAGGGCAUGGGAAACACGCAACAAAAUCAGGAAUGAAACUGGAUGCAGCGAACUUAUACCACCAUAAACAUAUCUACCACCACAUCCAUCACCACAGCAUGAUGAAACCAAAAGAGCAAAUCGAGGCCGAGGCCACGCAGCGAGUGCAGAACAGCUUUGCUUGGAAUGUAGAUUCACAUAACUAUGCAACAAAGUCACGAAACUACAGUGAAAACUUGGGCAUGGCCCCUGUCCCCAUGGACUCUUUAGGCUACAGUGGGAAGGCAAGUCUGCUCUCAAAAAGGAAUGUUAAGAAGACUGAUUCAGGGAAAAGUGAUGGUGCCAACUAUGAGAUGCCAGGAUCUCCUGAAGAUGUGGAGAGAAACCAGAAGAUCCUUCAGUGGAUCAUAGAAGGAGAGAAGGAGAUCAGCAGGCAUAAGAAAACAAACCAUGGCUCUUCAGGUGCUAAGAAGCAGCUGUCCCAUGACAUGGUCCGACCUCUCUCCAUUGAGCGACCUGUUGCGGUGCAUCCGUGGGUCAGCGCCCAGUUCCGAAACGUUGUCCAGCCUUCUCACCCCUUCAUCCAAGAUCCUACCAUGCCGCCCAAUCCAGCGCCCAACCCUCUCACCCAGCUGGAAGAAGCUCGUAGGAGGUUGGAGGAAGAGGAAAAAAGGGUUGGAAAACUCCCCCUUAAACAAAGGUUGAAGCCCCAGAAAAGACCAGGCAGUGGUGCCUCCCAGCCCUGUGAGAACAUCGUGGUCGCUUACUACUUCUGCGGAGAGCCCAUCCCGUACCGCACCCUCGUCAAGGGGCGCGUGGUGACCCUGGGACAGUUCAAGGAGCUGCUGACCAAGAAAGGGAACUACAGGUAUUACUUUAAGAAAGUGAGUGACGAGUUCGACUGUGGUGUGGUCUUCGAGGAGGUGCGGGAGGAUGACACCAUCCUGCCCAUCUUUGAAGAGAAGAUCAUCGGGAAGGUGGAAAAGAUUGACUAGGCUCCUGGGCUGCUGAGGCACGAGGACAGGACUGUGAAGGACUCUGGGACCGGAGGAGAAGGCCUGGGGUGGACACUGGUGGUGCUGCUGCCGUGGGCACCAGGCAAGCCCAGGGUGGAGGGGCAGCACCCACUCCCCCUCCAGCACAGACCUGGGCAAGCUCCAGGACACCGGUGGACACCGAUUCACCCCACGAACCUGCCAGUGGGAGCCUGGGCUCCCUCUCCAUACCGAAUAUAAGUGUAAUGUAGCAUUGUACAGUGCAUUAGAAAGUGUAAUAUGACCUUGUUUACUAAAGCUGCAUAUUUUUGAUAUAUUGUAAUAAAAGGAAAAUAUUUCCAAUGUCA